UGCUAGCGACCGGUAAGACACUAGCAAGCAAAGCAAGCUUAAGCAGGCCGGCCAAAAACGCGGUGAGCGGUACCCUCCGCGGCGCAAAGUGGGCGUAGCGUGCUCAGUCGUGGCCGCUGAGUCGUGCCCCGGCAGCGCUUCGAGAACUGUGACGUGUGGACCACCGGCAGCACCCCUCUCCUAGAUGGCAGACUUUGCCGACGCCAAGCCGCCACCCGAGAAGAAGCAGAAGACCGGCGAGACACCUCCGGAACAGAAGCAGGAAAUCAAGAUCGGCAUCCGGCCCGCGCCGCCGCCCUUCCUCGACGGCUCGAGCGAGCCGCGCGUCACGGGCUUCGAGCCGGAGCACUUAAGUAAGGCGCAGGACGCGCACCUCGAGGCGAUCAUCAGCGCCAUCCGCAACGGCACGCAGCCGCCGCCGCCGAACCCCGCGGCCUUCGGCUGGGACGCGCUGUCGCCGCAGCAGCAGGCGCACUUCGCCGAAAGCCGGGACGAGAUCGAACUCAACGACGUCUUCACGCCGGGGCCGGAGCCCCACGAGGCGCUAUGAGGCUCGUGCUGCUGGUCACGAUACCGCUCCUGCUGCACAGCGUCGUCGCCGCGCCCUCGCCGAGGCCUCGCGAGUCGUUUCCGUUGCGGCCGGCGCUCGGAGAUCUUGUAAAUCUUGAAAGGUACCCGAUCGGCGACCUUAGAUCGGCGGAAGGCCGCGCGCUCGUUGAGAAGGCGCGGAGUGAUUUGGCGGCGACGGGCUGCGCAAGUUUUCCGUGCUUCUUGAUGGAAGCUGCCCUCUCCGACGCCGUGGCCGAGGCGACGGCCGCGGCGCCUUCUGCCUUUGCCACGGACGACACGCACAACGCCUACCAGCUUUCUACCGAUGCGAAGCUGGGGCCCGAGCAUGUGCGGAACAAGCAGAUGCGGACGAGGGUCGCAUCGACGGCGUGCGACGAGCUCGAUUCCAGUAGGGCCAUCCGGGCUCUAUAUGCGAGCGAUGAACUGCUGGGGCUCGUCAAGGCCAUCACCGGCAAAAAUGCCCAUCGGCUGGCGGACCCGCUGGGCGCCGCGUCGAUCAACGUGUUUCGCUCGGGCUGGGCCCACGCCUGGCACUACGACGAAUCGGAAUUUACCGUCACGUUGUCGCUGGUUCAAGCGGCGGAAGGUGGGGCUUUUGAGUUCACGGAGCCGCUCCGGCGGUCGGUCGACGACUUAGCUUUCGAGACGACCGCAGCUGUGAUUAACGACCACUCGGAGUACGCCGUCGAGCCCGCCGGCGCCGCAUGCCCCUCCGUCCGGACAGCGCCGUUCGCGCCGGGGACCCUCCAGAUCUUUGCAGGGCGCACGUCGCUUCACCGCGUCUCGGAGGUGAAGGGCGAGCGCCUCGUCGCGGUGUACUGCUUCUCCGACAUCGAAGGGUUCGUGAACAGCCCCGAGGUGCAGCGGAUGUUCUGGGGGCGGGCCGUGAGGCCUGAUCGAUGACGCGGUUCCAUAGCUCGCCCCCUACAUAGUAACUUG